ACGAAAGGAAGCUAACGAAGCGCCGUGCCAAGCGGAGUGUCAGCUGAGUCAGCUAGCAGAGCAGUGUUCAAAGAAAUUCAUGUUUGAUUCGUUACGGUGUCAAACAAUAUGGAGCUUGUUUCAAAAUCUAAUAUGAGCGCCUUAGAUGAUCGUUCUUCAAAAAGCAUGGAAAAAUUAAAAAUGUUGGAUAUAACACGGGAUCGGCCAGUUAAAGUGGCUGUAAAGGUGGCGGUACCGGUGCGAGAUCAUCCAAAGUUCAAUUUCGUUGGCAAACUCUUGGGUCCCAAGGGCAAUUCUAUGAAGCGUCUUCAAGAGGAGACAAUGUGUAAAAUGGCAGUAUUAGGUCGUGGCUCGAUGCGUGAUCGUAAAAAAGAGGAGGAGUUGCGUGCCAGUGGCGACAGUCGUUAUGCCCAUCUCUUUGAAGAUUUGCACGUAGAGAUUUCCACAUUUGCAGCGCCCGCAGAAGCUCACGCACGCAUUGCAUAUGCGCUGGCCGAAGUGCGACGGUUCUUGGUGCCGGACUAUCACGACGACAUACGACAAGAGCAAAUGUGGGAAAUGCAAGCGUUGAGUUCCUCUACUUCGCUGACCUACACCGACGAUCAGCAUAGUCCCAAUCGCGGUGGUGUCACCGAUAUGGAUACAUCGAAUGAUGAGAAGCUCGAGCURGAACCSAAUGGUAUGGAAUGCAAUACACUUGUGGAUAAGAACGAGGCACAACAGGUGAGUUUAAGCAAUGAACARCAACAACAWCAGCUGCAUCAACACCAACAACAGCAGCAACAACAACAACGCAAUUUACAUCAUUUACUACAUCAACCACCACCAACGUCGGCACGUGGCCCCAACACGCCCGUCGCCACAGUAGCAACUCAUCAUCACACCAAUCUCUUGCCGACCAAUACCGAUGGUCUCUGUCAAAAAGCGAGUGCCGGCAGUACAGCAACAGCUAUACACCCAGCAGCYAUGUCGGUUGCAUUACAACACCAAUUGACCGCAGCCAGUAUUGGUAAUAUGUUGAAGCCAGCCGCAUCGACGGCCRCUGGUGUGCCUACGGUSACUGAUUUGCAUACGGCAACGCAACAGCCAAACACAGCCGGCGGCAUAGCAUUGCCAACGGAGGCUGAAGCGCCCAUGGCAGCCACAUUGGGUUUGCUGGAUCCACCCACUGGUGCGCUGCUGCAUCCGGCGUUGCGCAGCGUCAAGGCAAUCAAUAUUGCGGGUGGCUUGGCCCGCAAGCGGCCACUAUUGGGUGUGCCACGCUCCAGCAUGAAUCCAACUAAACGCACUGUAAUGACUUUACUAGCCAGAGCCAAGAACUCGCAGGCUUUGCAUGCGGUACGAAAUCCGAUUACAGCAGCCACGGCGGCCCGAUUUGCUGAUCCCUUACAGAUGCUUACCUCCCCAUUUAUAUUAUCGUCGCAACCCAUGGAUCAGUCGAUGCUAACAUUUCCUAAGGAAAGUCUCGCACAAGGAGUCUAAGUCUAAUUCACACACACAAAAGACAAGUAUUUUGUGCAAGUAAAAUACAGCCAUGUGUGAGUAAUAUAAAAACGGAUAAACACUAAAUUUCUAACGGUUGCAAAUAGCUUGCUGUUUAUUAUUGUUUUUGUAUUUUUAUAUCAUCACUUUCUAUUAAAUUAAUAACGGCACUUUUAAUGCGCCAUAAAAUUGACUCGAUUUUUAUGACACUACCCACACAUGCAAACACGUGCAGUUGCAUACAUUUAAAAAACAACAACAACACAUUGCAAUAAACUUAAUUUAAUGAUUAUUAAAUAAUAUAUACAAAAUCAUUAAAGUCAAUGUAAUUUACACAUAAAUAAUAAUUAUUGUUAAUUAACGAAUAAAUGAAGCAUUAACUCAUAUAUGUAUAUGUAUGUACUAUAUGUAUAUUGUURCAAAACAGCAAGCGCUUUAAGAGUAAACCAAGAAGAAACGAAUAAACAAUGGAAUCAAAAUGUUUUUAAAUGUGAAAUUAAAUCAGCAAUUAAACAGAAUUAAAGAAAUAAAUAAUG